UGCGGCCCCGAGCGGCUGCUGUCGCGGGGGGGCUGCGAGGCGCGGGGCUGCUGCUACGAGCCCGGUCCCGGCCACGGCUCCGGCUCCGGCCCCGGUCCUCCCUGGUGCUUCUUCCCCCGUGGCUACCGCAGCUACCGGGCGGAGAACCUGACGGCCACCGCCAGCGGUUACACCGCCGGGCUCCGCCGCGUCGCUGCCAGCUUCCUACCGGGGGAGGUGGGCAGCCUGCGGCUGGACGUGGCGAUGGAGACCCCCGCCCGCCUGCGCUUCACGCUGCGGGACCCGGCCCGGCAGCGCUACGAGGUGCCCCUGGCCACGCCGCGGGUGAGCGGCCGAGCCGCCUCCACGCUCUACGGGGUGCAGUUCAACCAGGAUCCCUUCGGCCUCGUCGUCUACCGGCAGCGCGGCGGGCAGGUCCUGCUGAACACCACCGUCGCGCCCCUCUUCUUCGCAGACCAGUUCCUGCAGAUCUCCACCUCCUUGCCUUCCCAUUUCAUUUCUGGGCUGGGGGAGCACCUGACGCCGCUGGUCCUCGACACGGCGUGGACCAGGGUCACCCUCUGGAAUCGGGACAUGGCGCCUGUGCCCCAGGUCAACCUCUACGGCUCCCACCCUUUCUACCUGGGGAUGGAGGACGGCGGUUCGGCCCACGGUGUCUUUCUGCUGAACAGCAACGCGAUGGACGUGCUCCUGCAGCCCAGCCCGGCCCUGACCUGGCGCACGACGGGUGGGAUCCUGGAUUUCUACGUUUUCCUGGGCCCUGACCCCAAGAGCGUGGUGCGGCAGUACCUGGAUGUCAUCGGGUUCCCCUUCAUGCCCCCGUACUGGGGCCUGGGCUUCCACCUCUGCCGCUGGGGUUACUCCUCCACCGACAUCACCCGGCAGGUCGUGGCCAACAUGACGGCAGCCCGCUUUCCCCUGGAUGUGCAGUGGAACGACCUGGAUUACAUGGACGCCAAGAGGGAUUUCACCUUCAACAAGAAAAGCUUUAAGGACUACCCGGAGAUGGUGCGGGACUUCCAUCGCAGCGGCCUGAGGUACAUCAUGAUCGUGGAUCCUGGGAUCAGCAGCUCAGGACCUCCCGGCACCUACAAGCCCUACGAUGAGGGACUGAAGCAAGGGGUGUUCAUCCGAAACGCCACUGGGCAGCCCCUGAUUGGGAAGGUCUGGCCGGGUCCGACGGCCUUUCCAGACUUCACCAACCCCAAGACUCACGAGUGGUGGCACGACAUGGUGAAGGACUUCCAUGACCAAGUGCCCUUUGAUGGCAUGUGGAUUGACAUGAACGAGCCAUCGAACUUCGUGGAGGGCUCCCAGGACGGCUGCCCCAACAACAGCCUGGAGCAGCCCCCCUACGUGCCAGGUGUGUUUGGAGGACGCCUCCGAGCUGGAACCAUCUGUGCCUCCAGCCAGCAGUACCUGUCCUCCCACUACAACCUGCACAGCCUGUACGGGCUGACCGAGGCCAUCGCCUCCCACGACGCGCUGCUGAGGGUCCGGGGCAAGCGCCCCUUCGUCAUCUCGCGCUCCACGUUCGCUGGGCACGGGCGCUACGCAGGACACUGGACAGGGGACGUCAGCAGCGACUGGGAGCAGCUCUACUACUCCGUACCAGAGGUGCUGCUCUUCAACCUCUUUGGGGUGCCGCUGGUGGGUGCCGACAUCUGUGGCUUUGUGGGUGACACGUCCGAGGAGCUGUGCGUGCGCUGGACCCAGCUGGGCGCCUUCUACCCCUUCAUGAGGAACCACAAUGACCACGGCACCCGGCCGCAGGAGCCAUAUGCCUUCAGCCCAGCCGCCCAGGCUGCCAUGAGGAAAGCCCUCUGCCUCCGCUACUCCCUCCUGCCCUUCCUCUACACCCUUUUCCACCGGGCUCACUCCGCCGGGGAGACAGUGGCACGGCCCCUCUUCCUUGAGUUCCCCAAGGACCCCAACACCUGGGCCGUGGACCGCCAGCUCAUGUGGGGCGGGGGGCUGCUCAUCACACCUGUGCUGGAGGCAGGAAAGACCAAAGUCAGCGGCUACUUCCCGGCGGGGACGUGGUACAGCCUUGCGGGGGACUCCACCAUCCACAGCAAAGGGCAGUGGAUCCUCUUGCCAGCUCCCCUGGACACCAUUAACGUCCAUGUCCGCGCAGGGCACAUCCUGCCCCUGCAGGAGCCUGCAUUCAGCACCACCGAGUCCCGCAAGAAGGGGAUGGCCUUGGUCGUGGCGCUGACACCGGACGGCUUCGCUAGAGGAGACCUGUUCUGGGAUGAUGGGGAGAGCUGGCAGACCUUUGAGAAGGGGGACUACACUGAGAUCCUCUUCCUGGCCACACGUGGUGCCUUGCUCAGCCAGCUCCUGCAGGUGGGCGCCCACCUCGACGGGGUCCUGCUGGAGGCUGUGACCGUGCUGGGUGUCACCAGCCCUCCCCGGCAAGUCCUGGCCAACGGUGCCCUUGUGGGUGGCUUCUCCUACCGCAGUGACACGCAGGUGCUGAGAGUCCCCAUAUCGCUGCCAAUGUGGGAACAGUUUGUGAUCACUUGGACCUGA